AUGAAGUGCGAGGUUUGCUGCUUGGGUCCGACCCAAGAGGAUAACGACAUUCCCAGAGCUCAGUCUGGCCGAUUGGUAGAGUGGUCAAUUCUACUGGCCGAAGGCCCCCAGCAUGGAUUGGGUGCCUUGGUUGCAGCGUUCCUGGAAGCUGCGGUCCGGCGCUUUGAACCACAGCCGGCGAGGCUGCUCCACUCAGAUCCAGCCGUGGCCGAAUUUCCAGACUUUCUGAGCCCUUCGGAGGCGGAGAGAUUGAUCUCUGUUGCCUACCAGAGUGGUUUCCAGCCGGAGGAUCCAGAUGACAUCCCGCCAGAAGAGCGGGACGUGAACAAGGUGGAUUGUGAAAAGAGUCAUUGUCUUCGUGAUCCUUUGAUCCAAGAAAUCUACCGACGAGUUUCGGAGCUUCUGGGCAUUCCGCCCCAAAACUUCGAAUCUAUCGAGUUUCUCCUCUACAAUCGCGGACAACACUAUCAGCCGCACCUUGAUGAUGAGAAUUGGCAAGAGAUGCCCGCAUUGAGCGCAGGUGAAACUCGUUUCCCCAAAGUGGAUCUGCAGGUGAAACCCUCCGCAGGUAAAGCCGUCGUUUGGGCCAAUGUGCAGCCCGACAUUUGGAAGAUGGACGAACGCUCAUUGCACCAAGCAGUUCCAGUUCUGGAGGGCACCAAAUUCGCGGCCAACUUUUGGGUGCAUCCCUUCGAAUACCGUGCCACGUCAGCCACGGUGCCGCAGAACGCUUCUGCAAAAUGGACGAGUGAAGGUUCUGGGCACAUUUUUGGUGGGGGAGUAGUGGGAAUCUCAUGGCAGAUUGCUAGGCGAAACGGUGCCUUGAAGGUGUACUCCCCGGAUCAGGUGGCGUUCCUGGGCCGCUGGCAGGGCGGCCGCGGCUCCUCGCGGCGCUGCUCCUAUGGCACGGUGUCCUUUGCGGUGAACUUCAGGGGAUCCAGUCAGUUGGUAGCACGGCUCCAACCUUACGAUCUAACGAUGUACCACACCUGUCAGGUGAAUGAAGGCGAUCCCUUUGUGCUGGAACAUCUGUCAGGGGACCUGGUGAUCGCCAGCAACCUCGACAAAUCCGCCACUUACAGCAUCAGUUGCGGCCGCAACACGGAGGCCUACUACGGCGCCACGAUCUUAGAUGCCCUUUUGGUCGAUGAAGGUGCUGUGACGCUGUCACCCCCACGACCCAGCGGACAGCUGGCCGUGGAGUUUCUAGGUGACUCCAUCACGGCGGGAUAUCAGGCCUUGGCACAAAGGGGCGCCACAGAGGAUGGACCACGAUGGGAAGAUGUCUUCAAGACUUGGGCGGCCAUCUUAGCGAACGCUUGGGGAACGCGCAACUGGCGCACGGUUGCGCAAUCCAGCAUUGCUGUUCUCCCUCACAACAGCUAUGGAAUGAGUUUCAAGGCGAUGAAGGAUCAAUUUCUGUGUUCAGAACUGACCAUGUAUCAGCCCUGUCAAAGGCUAUGGGACUUUGACGAGUGGCAGGCGGACGUGGUGGUUCUGAACCUCGGCACCAACGACUUUGUCUUCGUGGACCCCACGGAAGCAGACUUCGAAAAGGCCUAUCUUGAACUGAUCCAGAUUGUUCGCAGCAAGUACCCUGGUGCCCUUAUCUUUUGUAUCGUUCCGCUGGCGCAGAGCUGCCAGCUGGAAGCGAAGUGGCAAAAGAUGAUUGAUGGAAUCACCAAAGCCGUGGCUGCGGCCGGUCCUGAUGUGGAAGUGAUUUCCACAGGCUCCGCAACUCAUCCCUGGCUGGACUGCCAGAAGGACUACGUGGACACCUUUCAUCCAACCCAGGAGGGGCACCUUCACUUUGCGCAGCACCUGUCUCCAGUGAUGCUGCCUAAGCUGAAGCAACGCUUCCCCUGGAAGUGCGGUGACCAUUGCGGGCAGGUGCCUGGUGCGCCCAGCACGACUUCACCGACGCCCAGCACGACCACCGAAGCGCCCAGCACGACUUCACCGACCGAAGAACCAACGUGUUGCUAUCCCAACUGCGGCGAUGCGCAGAGCUGUAACACUGAAGAGGACAGUCCUUACUGCACUCAAUCGGCCGACAACUGUCGAAAUUGUGGUGGAGAAUUCUGUGCCGGCACCACAGCGCCAACCGCACGCACCACAGCGCUGGUGACGACCGCGACGCCGGUGACGACAAGUGCAACGACAGUCGCAACGACAACGCUGGGGGCACAGAAGUGUUGCUAUCCAGACUGCGAUAGUUCCGUAUGCAAUCCAUCCGACAAUUGGUGCAGCCGCUCCACUGGCAACUGCCAAAACUGUGGUGGCACUCUCUGUGGUGGAAGCGGCAGUCCCAGUACUAGAUCCAGCUCCAGUGAGCCAAGGACCAGCGCCACUGAAACGACAACCAGCACGGCAGCAACAACGCCCGCGCGCUCCGCGGAGCGGUGUUGCUAUCCGGAUUGCAGUUCCGAUACCUGUAAUGAAGCUGAAGACAGUCCCUACUGCACCAGCUCACCAGAGAACUGCCGCAAGUGUGGAGGUGAGUUGUGUCGCAGAGCUUUCUUGUUGUAG